AUGUAUUCUUUCUUUUUUUUUAUAAGCGAUUAUUCAUUCUUUCUUUUUAAAUAUCUAAGAUUUUCUUUCUUUUUUCUUUUCUUUCUUUCUUUCUUUCUUUCUUUUUUUCUUCACCAGUACGAAUGUUAUACUUUUUUGUUUGUUUCUUUCUUUGUUUUGUCUUUUUUUUUAUUUUUGUGUCAUAAAGGGUUUAAUAUUGAAUAUUCUCUGUUUCUUUCUUUGUUUCUUUCUUUGUUUCUUUCCACAACAGUACGCAAUAUAAUACUUUCUUUCUUUUACUUUCCUCAUCAAUGCCCAAUAUUCUUUCUUUCUUUUUUCUUUCUUUCGACACCAGUACGCAAUAUUAUACUUCCUUUCGCUUUAUCCUUUUUUUAUUCUUUCCUUAUUUUUCUUGGCGCUUUCUUUAAUUUAUCGAUCUCCCUUUUCUUUCUUUCUUUAUUUCUUUCCUUCUUUCUUACUUUCUUUUUCCUUUCUUUUUUCUUUCUUUCUUUCUUUCUUUCUUUCUUUCUUUCUUUCUUAGCGCUUUAUCCUUUUUUUAUUCUUUCUAUCUUUUUCUUGGCGCUUUCUUUAAUUUAUCUAUCUCCCUUUCCUUUCUUUCUUUCUUUCUUUCUUUAUUUCAUUCAUUCUUUCUUUCUUUCUUUCCUUCAUUCUUUCUUUCUUUCUUUUUUAGCGCUUUAUCCUUUUUUUAUUCUUUCUAUCUUUUUCUUGGCGCUUUCUUUAAUUUAUCUAUCUCCCUUUCCUUUCUUUCUUUCUUUCUUUCUUUCUUUCUUUCAUUCAUUCUUUAUUUCUUUCCUUCAUUCAUUCUUUCUUUCUUUCUUUUUUAACGCUUUAUCCUUUUUUUAUUCUUUCUAUAUUUUUUGGCGCUUUCUUUAA